AUGGCUGGGGCCAACGAGACAGCCGUGACAGAAUAUGUCCUGCUGGGCCUACACGGCCACCAUAACAUAGAGAUGGUCCUGUUUGUGCUCUGCCUGGGCAUCUACUCUGUGAACGUGCUGGGGAAUGCCCUCCUCAUUGGGCUGAACAUGCUGGACACCCGCCUGCACAGCCCCAUGUACUUCUUUCUCAGCAACCUCUCUCUCUUGGACAUCUGUGGCACAUCCUCCUUCGUGCCUUUCAUGCUGGUCAACUUCCUGGAAGCCCAAAGGACCAUCUCCUUCCCUGGCUGUGCCCUGCAGAUGUACCUGACCCUGGCACUGGGCUCCACGGAGUGCGUGCUCUUGGCCGUGAUGGCAUAUGACCGUUAUGUGGCUAUCUGCCAGCCGCUUAGGUACCCAGAACUCAUGAGUGGGCAGACGUGCGUGCAGAUGGCAGCGCUGAGCUGGGGAACGGGCUUUGUCAACUCAUUGCUGCAGUCCAUUGUCACCUGGAGCCUCCCGUUCUGUGGCCACCAUGUCAUUAACCACUUCUUCUGUGAGAUCUUGGCAGUGCUGAAACUGGCCUGUGGGGACAUCUCUCUCAAUGCACUGCUUUUAAUGGUGGCCACAGCUGUCCUGUCACUGGCCCCGCUCCUGCUCAUCUGCAUGUCGUACAUUUUCAUCCUUAAUGCCAUCCUUAGGGUGCCCUCUGCUGCAGGUCGGGGCAAAGCCUUCUCCACCUGCUCUGCCCACCUCACAGUGGUAGUGGUUUUCUAUGGGACUAUAUCCUUCAUGUACUUUAAGCCCAAGGCCAAGGACCCUGACUUGGAUAAGAUUAUUGCAUUGUUCUAUGGGGUCGUGACACCCUCACUGAACCCCAUCAUUUACAGCCUGAGAAAUGCAGAGGUAAAAGCUGCUGCCAUAGCUCUGCUGGGGGGGAAUCUGUUCUGCAGGAAAAUGUCCCGCUUCUCCUGUUCUCAACCUCUAUUCGGCAGGAGAGUCUAG